CCUUGAAUUGCAUAUAUACCAAAUUCUAAAGAGGAGCUAGCUUUCAGACUGUGGUGUAGAAUCAAUACAGUUCUACACCAGAUACCAAAAGAAAGCAUCAAAAUUUUGUCAUUGGUGUAAGUUCACACAGUUUCAAUUCUUAGAAAAGUAUAACCUACAAGAAUUCUAACCUUUCUACUCUUAAGAAUAUGUUAUUUUCUUCUUCCGUGCUUAACCAGAGAUCAAAGAAAAGCUAGUUCAACAAUAGGAUAUUGUGCCUUCUACCUUGUAUAUAUAAAGCUAUCUCAUAACAGCUGUUUUUUCAUAAUUUACAAAGGAAGCUAGCGUUUCUGCGCAGGUAUUGGUUUGCAGUUGAGAUAAAUACCCAAAAGAAAUGAACUUGAGAGCUAGUCGUUGACAGAUCCAACAUCAACUUCUCUGAUUCGCAAGAAAUUGACUGUAUAGGCUUUGUUCAUCAGUGGCCUUCUCUUUUUCCCACUACUUGUGAUACUUCAGGAAGAAACUUUUGAGGCAAAGCCGGUCUGAAAAUUAGGUAAAGAUAUAUAUGAGAUAUCUGCUAGUUCAGCUGCAUGUGCACCAAUAAUGAGAGACAUAAGAUGAUAUCAAGUUCAAAAGAUCAAGCGGAUUCUUCCACAAAACCAGAAGAAAAUAAUGCGAGUGAUGGCAAGAUGAUUAAGGCUUCAUCUAGUACAACUUCAUCACCAUGGUUAAGGUUGAAGGAUCCGAGAAUUGUGCGCGUCUCGCGUGCUUUUGGUGGUAAAGACAGACAUAGCAAAGUUUGUACCAUAAGAGGAUUGAGAGAUAGGCGAGUGAGGCUUUCUGUACCCACUGCUAUUCAGUUGUACGAUCUUCAAGAUAGACUUGGACUUAAUCAGCCAAGCAAAGUUGUUGACUGGUUGCUUAACGCGGCGAAGCACGAAAUUGAUGAACUCCCUCCUCUUCCAGUUCAACCAGGGAGUUUGGGUCUAACCCAUCAGCAAGAUAUGUCUUCUCAUGAAGUUGGUACUUCUCAACCUAACAGAGAAGGGUUUAGGAUCAACAGCAGUAUCAAUUGGGAAGAUGGAGAUGAAGGGUUACCCAGAUCAAAUACUAUUUGGGGUUCUAAUGCCCUUUGGAGGGCUAAGUCCAAAGAAACUGCAAGGGAAGCAGCAAUAAAUGAGAAAGAAAAUUGGACAAAAGGAAGUCAUGAAGAGAAGCAAGGUGUUAAUGAAGGGCAAGGAGCAGAAGUUUCAUCAAUCAAUUUCCUACCUAGACCCAACAAUUCUUCCUUACCAGGUUUGUUGAAUAAUGUUGUGCCUUAUGGUUCGUAUUAUCAUUUGGAACCUUCAAAUUUUCCUUUGUCUCAUCAAUUAGGAAGUCAUCAUGGAUUUACAUCCCAAACAGAAGAUCUUCACAACUUCAAUGUUGUACCAUUGCCAUCCACAUUGUCUCUAUCAUCCGUCUCUCAGAUUUUGGUAUGUCCACCACCUGGAACAACACAACCACUAUUCCCUUCACAUGUUGAGAUUGAUCCGCGACAAAUCAACCAGUUUCAAAUGUUGAACUCCAGUAGUUCACACAACCUCUUUUCCAAUUCUCCUUCCCCACCUUUACAAUCCAUAAACCAGUCCAUGAGACCCUUCCAUUUUAGUAUGACUCCUAUGGUUCUUCCUUCUCACAGCAACAGCAGUAGCCAGUCGGAAAAGGACCAAGAGUUUCCUUCUAAAUAAUUAACAUGAAAGCAGUACAGGAAUCGAAGGAAAAGGAAAUAAAUCCCUCCUUUCAAGAAACAAACAUGGUUCAAAGUUUUUUAUUAAGAGAGGAAUAGGUACUGAUCUUUAAAUGAGCUUAUUACAAGUUGACUUGUCCCACUUCUCGGAAGAGAUCAUAAAUAUAUAUAUAUAUAUAUAUAUGCAGACAGUCCCUUAUGUUAUAUAUAUUGGAGAUUACAACUAUAAUUUUAUGUUUGAUUCUAUUAAUUGAUUUAUCAGGUGACUGAAAAUCAAAUCUACAUUUCGUUUCAUAUUUGAAUGUCAGAAGAAACAAGAAAUAGAACAUAUGCUGUAUGAAUAGUUUGAUUAUACUAGUGUGACAACAGCAUUUAUACAUAUUAAUUGUUCACAA